AUGAUCCAUACCAUGCACCGAUCAAUACCACGGCUGACCCCCUGGCUCGUCCUGGCAUGCGCCGCGUCUGGCACAUGGGCUGCUAAGCGGGAGUUCAGCAUCAAUGAUGACUUGCUGGCCUUUCCUCAGUACGAAGUGAUUUUCCCACGCGAGUACAUUCUCGAUGACCAGGCAGAAAAAUUGCUGCAAUGGCAGGACGAAUUCGACCUAUCCGGCGGCAACCCGUCCAGCCAAGACCCGCAGCUCUAUCUGGGCAAGGACGGCGCCAAUCCAGAGAGUGCAGAAGAGCAGGAUGAACCGAUGUACACCUACGAAGAAAUGAUUCUCGACGACCGACGCCUACUCUGCCAAAUCCCCCACGUCACGCAGGAUGACCUGAACGCGACGGCUGCCGCACAAGGCGACACUAAAGCCGACGAACAGAAAGAACUGGCUCGGGCGACCGACCGCGGUCUCGAACUCCUCCGCGAGUUGGAAGGCAGAUGCAUGUACUACUUCUCCGGGUGGUGGUCCUACUCUUUUUGCUACCGCAAACAAAUAAAGCAAUUCCAUGCUCUCCCAGCCGGGCGGGGGAUCCCACAUUAUCCACCGGUGGAGGAUACAAGCGCGCUUUCCUUCAUCUUGGGGAGGUUCCCCAGCGACGACGCGGAGAUGGAUGGAGAGACAGAACACAAGCAGGCCAAAUCCGAUGUGGCGGAGCUGCACACCAAGGGAGGAUCACGGUAUUUGGUCCAGCACCUUCGUGGCGGAACCAAGUGCGACCUUACGGGGCGCGAUCGCCGGGUCGAAGUACAGUUUCACUGCCAUCCUCAAGGAACAGACCAAAUCGGCUGGAUCAAGGAGCUUACUACUUGCUCGUAUCUAAUGGUCAUCUACACACCGCGUCUCUGCGACGACGUUGCGUUCCUGCCACCCCAGCAGGACGAGGUGCACAGCAUCGAAUGCCGCGAGAUUCUUAUGCCCGAAGAGGUUGAGGAAUGGGCGGCUGCAAAAGACUGGCAUACCGUCCAGGAUCUAGCUGCUGCCGCCGCCGAAGCCGCCGCCGAUUUAUCGGGCAUCCAGACCGUUGGCGGCAUCCAAGUUGGCGGCCAGAAGCUGGUGGGGAUGGCGGGUAAGGAAAUUGAGAAGGGACGUGUGGCCUCGGCCGGCGAGGAGCGAGUGGAGCUGAUCGGGAAGCGCCAGGAUGGCGAGGAGUGGUGGCUCUCUAAGCAGGAGCUGAAGAAGUAUGAUCUCGAUCAGGAAGGACUCGAAACCAUGAAGCAGAAGGUCGAGCAGAUUGCCAAAGGUCGAGACUGGACGUUGGAGGCGGUGGAGAUCAACGGGAAUAUUGAAUACCGCGUGUUUGUCGACAAGAAGGAUGACAAGGACAGCCAGGGUGAAGCGGACGGGGAUGAGCCUGCUCAGAAACCAGCCCAGGACGAGGCCCCGACGCCGGAGACCAAGUCGGAGCGUCCACAGCCAUCGGAUCAAGACCAGCCGGAGGGCCAGGAAGAGGGCAGUAAGGAGAUUUUCAAAGACGAGCUGUGA